AUGAAUCCACAGGUACAAGGUAUCAUUGUGAAUGUACGGGGCAAUGGCGCUAUCUCCUUCAGCAAUCACUGGUUUUGCAUCAAGGAGAUCAACGGUAUCUAUUACAACCUUGACUCCAAGUUCAGCAAGCCUCGCCAGUUCACAGAUACGCCCGAGACGCCGAUGUGGAUAACCUCUACAUAGAAGAGCCUAGCUGAAGUGAUAAAUACGAAUAAAUCUAUAAGACAGG